AUGUCUUUAAGGAGCUUUCAAUCCGAAAUUCAGGAAAUCUCCGCACGGGAACUCGCCCGUCAACGUGGCCAAGCUAGUGUAACUCCUGCUCCGCGGAAUAUACAUGCCAGGAAAAUACAGAUACUCGAGGAAUCUAACAUUGUCGGUGAACCAUCUCUAUCCAGGGAUGCUGGCGUCGAGGAUGAGGUUGAAGCCGCAUUACUAGCUAUCCAUGAUUAUGACCGAGCGCGCACCUCGGUAGCACAACUCAUCACUGGACGCAAAGGCGAGUACAUAUUCCGCAUUGGCUGUCGACCACCACACGUAUCACUCUUUGCCGGAGAGAGCGUGGACGAUGCAGCAGGAUGGUCGGGGGUCCCGCGAACAGAUGUCGAAGUCACUUCAUUGCAAUCAUCAGUUAAAAGGGUUGUGGAAGAGCUAGGAGGAAAGGUAUAUCAUGUUCUUUUUGAAACUACUGACAGCCACUAUCCACGUGCAACUCUACUACUACGACUACCUCCGCCCAGCAUUGAAUUAGUUCCCGAGGUUCGCUGUGCUGUCGUCGGUAACGUUGAUUCGGGAAAGUCUACAACACUAGGAGUUCUAACACGCGGUCCCCUGGAUGACGGGAGAGGCCGAGCUCGUGUAGCACUGUUUCGCCACAAACACGAAAUUGAGACCGGACGGACAUCUAGUGUAGGGAUGGAAAUCCUUGGGUUUUCAACAGCUGGAGUCCCGGUCCUUCCAAAUAUACCGCCUUCUGCUGAUGCAGAUAUGAUUCGACGCGAUAAACUUGGCUGGGACGAAAUUUCAGCACAGUCGGCCAAGAUAGUUUCUUUCAGCGAUCUUGCGGGCCACGAGCGAUAUUUGAAAACUACUCUCUACGGGUUGACGUCCGGGGCGCCAUCGUGUGUGAUUCUUAUGGUCGGUGCCAAUGCCGGGCUUAUUGGCAUGUCGAAGGAGCAUCUGGCAAUAGCUCUGGCUUUAAGCGUGCCCGUCGUUGUCUGUAUUACCAAGAUUGAUAUGACCCCACCUAAUAUUCUUAACGAGACCACGAAACAGGUUGUGAAAAUUCUGAAGAGUCCUGGAUGCAGGAAAACACCAGUUUUUGUGAACUCAAUGGAAGUCGCGGUUGAAUCGUCGCAGACAUUUGCGCAACACAAACUAUGUCCUGUUUUCCGCGUUUCCAAUGUCACUGGAGAAGGCCUUGACUAUUUUCGCACGUUCUUGAAUCUCCUUCCAUCCAGCGAGGCGGAUACUGAGACGUUCGCGAUUGAUCAACCACUUGAGUAUUCGAUCACGGAUAUCUGGUCUGUCCCAUACGUGGGGACGGUCGUCAAUGGUAUCCUCAACAGUGGGAGCGUCAAGACAGGUGACCCCGUUCUCUUUGGGCCAGAUUCCAAUGGUCAUUUCCAGUCGACCGUUGUGAGGAGCAUGCAACGAAAACGAGCUGAUGUUUCGACAGCUGAGGCUGGCCAAUGCGUUGCUCUCGCUCUCAAGCGAGUGAAACGUGCGGCCGUCAGGAAGGGUAUGGUCAUAGUGCACAAAACCGAUACUCCCCCGAAAGCAAUACGCCAAUUCGAAGGACAGGUCCUCAUAUUAUACCACAAUACUACCAUGCAACAAAACUAUCAGGCCAUGCUUCAUUGCGGAGCUGUCCGCCAAACUGUUCGUAUCAUAUCGAUGGACAACCCUGAAGGGGUCCUGCGGACUGGUGAUCGAGCUACCGUUCAGUUCGAGUUCAUCACACAGCCGGAGUUUGUCAAGGUCGGGAUGAAGUUGUUGUUCCGUGAGGGUAAGACCAAGGGACUUGGUGUUAUCACUCGUCUGCUAUGA